AUGUUCACAGAGCUUUCGAUAAAAUACGGAGAGAUUGCUGAUAUGAUAGUUGCUGGUAACAGCGACUCGAUACAUUUGAAGGGUAAUAUGCAAUUCGCGUCGUAUGAUGUAUCGAAGCUUGCAGAUCUGUCUGCAGAUCAACUCCUUACAGAAUAUCCUGUCCAAGACUUGGAAUAUAUUAAGGAUGCCCUUACCAAGGACAUGCAGAGUAGACGGGCUGAGUUGAGAGAUCUUGUUGGAAGUAAAUACAGGGACCUACUUAAGGCAGCCGAUGACAUUGUGCUAAUGGAUCAAUUGGUGAAUAAAGAAAAUAAAAUGCUCGUAGGCCUUACAUUUAGAAAGGCAGAGUAUAACAGCAAAGCUUUACAUAACCUUGAUGAGUUCCACAGGAGGAUUGGAAUGAGGGCCAAGAGACAGGCACAAGCACGCAGCAAGAUAAUAGUGUUUAGAAACCUGGUUCACGAUUCCAUUUACAGCUAUUAUAAUAUUGAGAGCUCUCUCAAUAGCCACGAGGAAGAGGGCAUUUCAUCUUCAUCAUCUAAAGACAAAGCAUCCAUGCAAUUUGUUUUAUUGGCAGAGCAGCUUUAUCUCAUAUUCGAUGUUUUCCGAGAUCUUAUCGAGGAUCCAGAAAGGCAGAAUGCAUUUGCCAUUAGAAAAAUUCAAUGUCUACACUCUCAGCUGUUGAAGGAUGCCGAGAAUCGAUUGACACAGCUCUCCAGUGGAUACGAGUACGAAUUUGCCACAAAUAUAAUGAUUGCAUAUGUUAUUUUGAGUAAUCGCACGCCGAAAGAGGCUCUUAUGUGGUUUCUAGAUCUCAGGAAAGCACAGCUUUUUCAAAUGGAUCCUGCUAAUGACUUCGAAAACUGUCUUUCAUAUAUUUACGUGACUCUCAAUUUCCUUUCUGUAUUUGAGACUAGGCUCUCGACAAUGCUCACCCGUCAGAUAUAUAGCAGUGCGAACUGCAAUUGGAUGGCUCGAACCAGUCUGCACAAAUGGUGUAGCUGGUUAGACAUCGAUGUGACUAACUAUACUGUUCACUACCCGCUUUCCUCAACACAACUAAAAAUUACUCCUUCAGACAAGUAUCUUUCCGACCAGUUGUCCAAUUGGAAGCUGGAAAUAACUGGAUGGAUCCGUUCCGUGUUUAUUGAGGUCAUCAGUAAUAGCGGAUCACUAAGAUCGUUAUCCGGCUAUAUCACCAAGGUGCUCAUUUCUUUCAAAAAGUUCACUUCUUUAGUUGACUUCCUGUGCAAAUCCGUAGAUGAGAAUUCGUAUGAUCCAAUGAUUGAAGUGAUUAUGCACAUAUGGAAAGAUAAAUACUUUAGCAUCUUAGAAACAAUGCUCGGCGAGUUUAGCAAUAUUUCAGACUCCAUAAUGAAGAACUUCAGCAAUUCGGGCCAAUUGAAUGGAAUCCAUACCAAUCAUGGCACAAACUUGUUCAAAGAUAUCGAUAUUUUUGACAUAGACAAAUUCAUUGGUGAAGUAUCCAAUCCUGAUGCAAAAAACUCAGUUAUUGAACCACUACUAUGUCAAAUUGAUACCUUCAAGGAUAAUAUUAAGGCUAUUCUUUGUUUUUUGGCCUCCCUCAAAAAAUCUGCUUUCAAUUUGGAAAGACCAAUUCUUUCUAUUGAUGACACAGAGAAUUCCGAGUUUUGGAGCGUCAUGUCCACUAAGGUGCAAAAGCUGAUCAAUGAAUCUGUCAGUUUUAGUAUCAAGAAGAUCAACGAGGCGAUCUCGAAGUUCCUAACCACGGUGGAAUUAUCGAUUGGUGAAGGGUCACACGAACCUAUUGAAUAUCUUUAUAUGAUCCGAAUCCUCCUACAAUUAAAGGAAAGACUUGACUUGAGCUCCAUCUAUUCGGAGUUUACCAAGAUUAUAAACGGACAAACAGAGGAGGAUCCAUGCGAGACGUUGAAGGUGGAUCUUCUUGGCAAUCCUUUAUUGUUUAAACUUUCGCGGCCUUUGGUGAAACAAUUAACACUACCAAUCGUAGAGGAAAUUAAGGGUAAACUAAGGAAAUCAGAAGUGGAUGCGACAGAGAUCGAACUUUGGGAAGAGUACUCUCAAGGUAAAAAGCUUCCUACUUCAGCAUCUAUGGAUCUUGAAAAAGAUCUGUAUAACUUGGCUUCCCGUUUAUUGAUAGUGGAUACGGACGAUUACUCGGAUGUGUACCUUACAGAAGAGUUUAGUACCGUUAGGGAUGAGUUAGUAGAUGGCUUGAUAGAGACUAUCAGCAAUUGUUUAAAGGAACAAAAAAAAGAGGAGGUGAAGACCCUUUCGUUGGUUGCAUAUUCCAACUUGGUCUUUCUACUAUGCUUCAAGGUCCCGGAAUUGAGCGAGGAGAAAAUUCGGGAUCAGUUGGAGUCGGUCGAUGUAGCUCGUCUAUCCGAGCUUAACAGCGAUUUGACGGACGAGAAGUAUCAAUCGAUCAUAAUCAGCUACAUUAUCAGUCAUUUUAAGACAGUGAGACUAAUGUACUACCCGCUUAGCUAG